ACAACACAAUCUCCGCUCACCACCACAUCAUCUUUUCCUUACCACUUGGUGGGUAUCUACAUCUCAUUAUCUUCAAUUUUUUCUUCCACAAUCCAACACCAGGUAUUCUCACAACCAUGGCAACUUCCGCAGCCUUGUCUGCCAUCUCUUUCCAGGGCCUUAGACCCCUGAACAGGGGCAGCAAGUCCUGCUGUUUUCCCAACAAGAUGAUGAUCCCGGCCACCACUCGAAACGCAUCCACCAGGGCCAGGGGCAGGCUCGUCGUCAAGGCAGAGCUCAGCACUCCACUGGUGAUCAGCUUGAGCACCGGCCUCUCCCUCUUCUUGGGCAGGUUCGUGUUCUUCAACUUCCAGAGAGAGAACGUUGCCAAACAGGUACCGGAGCAGAAUGGACAGACCCACUUCGAGGCGGGCGACACCCGUGCCAAAGAGUAUGUCAGCCUCCUCAAGUCCAAUGAUCCAGUGGGAUUCAACAUCGUUGAUGUCCUUGCGUGGGGAUCAAUAGGCCAUAUUGUUGCUUAUUACAUCUUAGCCACCUCCAGCAAUGGUUAUGAUCCCAAGUUCUUUUAAAUCUCUCUCUCUUGUAUAUUCUUAAAUUUUUAGGUGUUGUUGAUUUCUUCUUCCGUUUUCAUGCUUGUGUUUGGAAUUUAAUGCGCAAUAUAAUAUAAUUUGGUAA